AUGGACGACUCAGUCAAGCCCAUCAACGACCUCGGGCUAGACACAGCAAUCAUGACGGAGAAGCAGGGGACACAAGCUGAUGAAGCCGCUAGCAAGGUACAGUCAGCAGAUCUUGCAAUACUCAGAAGCAAAAUGAACGUGCUGAACACUCGGCUUCAGCCAUAUGGAGACAUCAGUGAGAUUCCUCAAUCUGAAGUGAAGCAAAUCAAGUGUAUUCUUGGAGCCAUUGUUCAACAGCUCGGUUUUGCGAUUCUAGAGAUCAGAGCUAUGAUUCAAGCGUCAGGAAACGCCGUCCGACAGCUUGAGGCAGGCAGAAAAUGCCUCGAGGCAGCCAUUCAAGAGUUCGACACUGCUGACCGUGACGACUUUCUUACUACAGGCCAAGACCUUGAGGAUCUCUUUCAGGCGUACAAAGGUCGGAAUCAAGACGAAGAGGAGCUCCUCCAAAAAUACACGGUUCUCAUGGAUCAUGUUUUGUCCAUCUGCUUCAAGUUCGAACAGAGCACUUGA